AUGGCUUUGGCUCGGUGGGUUGUGAAGAACUUGCAGCAAACGGCGUCGUCCCCUGCCCGAAGCAUUCCCGCGCUGAAACAGAGGAGCUGGGGUUCUCAACUCCUGCGGCGGCUCUCCUCCGCGCCGGAGGAGGAGAACCCCAGCGCAGCUGUGGAUGUGGCGGUGGCCGACGGCGGCAAGAAAUCAAAGCUCCUGCGGAGGCGGAGGAGCCGUAAGGGGGGCCUUUGGAGGAGAAACAAUCGCGAUUUCGUUCCUGCGCUCUGGGAGUUGUUCCCUCGCGGAUUGGUGGAAGCCACGGAGAACAUGGCGCGGGCCAUGGAGAAUUUGUCCCCGUGGCAGUUGAAAGAACGCGAGGAAGGGUACAGUCUCAAGUACCAAAUGCCGGGAUUGGCGAAGGAAGAUGUGAAGAUAAUGGUGGAGGAUGGAGGAGUGUUACACAUAAGAGGGGAGCACAAGGAGGAGAAGGAGGAAGAGGAGGACGAAGGGUGGUCGAGUAGCUAUGGGUAUUACGACACCAGCAUUGUGCUUCCGGAAGAUGCUAAAGUCGAAGAGAUCAAAGCUGAGAUGAAAGAUGGGGUGCUCAGUGUUGUUGUGCCUAAAAGAGAGAGGGCAAACAAGGAUGUUAGGGAAGUCCAAGUGCACUAG